CGAGUCGAGUUUAGCCAUAGACAUUUAAUAGUGUCAAGACAAUCUACUCUGACUUAUUUUCGUAGUACCUCCGUGGAGAUUACUAUACUAUAGCAAUAGCGCUAAAGAAUCUGUAGCUGUUCAUGAAUAUCCGCCUUAGUUUUCACUUUAGCUUUCAGCGAUAAAUUAAGAACAACAUAGGUGUUUGGCUGAUCUUUCUUCUUGAACUUUGACCUUGCUCGCUGAUUGUUCAUCUAACCUGCCUGGUGUUUUGGAUGUGGGCUAAAGCAAGUUAUCUUCACAGAUCUAUCCUACAUGUAGAUUGCCCUAACUGCAUGUCUGACACUGCAAGUUUAUUCACUAUUUGCCAACUCUGCAUGCAAGCCCAGCACUUGUUUUAACUGACCAUGGGCGCUAGUAGUAGCGUGCACAAACACAAAAAAGAUAAAGGAAGAAUCAGCCCAAAUACUCCAAAGAGCGGAGAUCCUAUAGACGGUAGUAACCAUAGACAGGAAUGUGUGGUAGAGGAUAUUCCACAAAAACGGAAUCAAGAUGGCGAAAAUCAAGAAGUGACUACCAAGAGCAAAUCUACGUCUCCACAGGUUGAAGGCCCUUCGGCACAGGAUUCACAGGUUGGGAUGGAGAGACAGACGGAGCGUUCAUCAAGCAUGGAACCCAAGGACCUCAUGAUCAGUUACAGCCAUCAGGACAGGGACAAGAUGAGGAUGAUGAUAGAUGCCCUAGAGAAAGCUGGUAUCUCUGUAUGGGUCGAUGAGACGGGUUUGAAGGCUGGCGUCGAGUUCCUGAACAAGAUUGGACAAGCUAUCAUAGAUGCCAAGCUCUUCCUUUCACUCCUCAGUACCAGGUCUGCUACCUCUAAGUACUGCAAAGACGAGUUAGCCUUGGCCUAUGUCUCCAGCAAACCCAUCUACCCUUGCAUGAUACAACCUCAUAAGCAAGUCACAGAGGUCAUGGAUUUUGGCAUGCGUCUCCAGCUGGCUCCAAUCAGAUGGUUUGAUUUCUCCGAUGAGGAUGAUUUUCAGGGAUCCUUUGACAAGCUUGCCACCUGCAUCAAACAGAAGCUCGCAGAGAUCGGAGAUGAAGCCAACCGUACUGAAGGAAGUGCUAAGAAGCACAAACAGAUCACGAGAAAAGAGACGAGGACGAGACUCAACGUCCAUCAGAUCUUACCCCCGACAGAGGCCAUCAUGAAAGACUUCUGGGCUGUCCAUUUCAAGAACAAAGAAAACGUGCCUUUAGAAGAGUUUAUGUCUGCCUUCAAGAACGACUGCACAGAAGAAUUAUCUAAGAUUGGCGUAACCUUGGAAUGGAUCAUACCCGUCUUAAAGGAAGAGUUAGAUGAGGAGCGUGAUGAUAUCAUCACCAAAGAGAGCUAUGAAUAUUUCUGUACUAUUGAUGAAGAGCGGCUUGACUUUUGGGAUCGAGUAAAGGAGCAGGCGUUGGAACGCUACACUAUGCUUGAGGUCUUCAGUAUGGACUCGACCGUCAGGAUUGAUGCCAUUCAGAAUCUGGCCAAGUUCCACACCCGGUCUGUCAUGGAGGCCAUGAUGGAUCUCUGUGCCGACAAAGACGACAACGUCAGGGCCGUGGCGUCGCUCUCCUUGGCCCGCGUCGCGGACGGCAAGAACCUCCGCGUGAUCCGCCGUCUGCUGCGCCUGCUGAAAGACCGGGACCGCCUCGUGAGGCAGAGCUGCUGUCUAGCCCUGGGACACAUGAGGGCUAAGCAAGCUAUUCCAAGCUUGGUCCAACUAUGGAGGAACGAUGCUAUAUCUAACGUGCGUGAGGCGGCUCACAUCGCUCUAGAGAAGAUCGGAGGGGAUGAAGCCCAGGAAGCCAUUCACAUCACCAAGGUGCUCAGUGCAGAGAUCAAAGCCCUCGCUCAACAGAAAUAAGACAGGGUCUGUAUUCCAUGGAGUGAUAAUCUAGAAUUUAAAGGCAGUCUGUACUAGUUUGGCCAGGAAGGAUUAGACCACCCAGCGUGGUCAAUGGAAGGUAGUCAUCUCAUCAACUCAGCUCUCAAUUAACAUAA